UUGCUCAAAUUGUAGAAGUGUGCUGGAGAAUGUCAGAUUGUUUUUACAUGAAACUGUAAUGCCAAUUGUUGAGCAAAAUUGGUCUCUCUCAUGGUUGGUUUCUUUUAACAGAUUUGCAUAUCGCAAGAAAAGGAUAACAGCAAGUAACUUUGGUUUGGUCUUGGCAGCAGUCAAGCUGAAGUCUUACCCGCCUUCCUUAUUCAAAACCCUGCUUGGCCAGUACAACCUCAAAGAAGGAUCUAAAGCAUGUGAUUGGGGAAUCCUGCAUGAGCCAAGGGCAAAUCAGGAAUACACUGAGCGCACUGGUGUUGUUAUACAAGAGAGGGGACUGUUCCUAUCUGAUAGCGGCCUGCUUGGUGGAUCUCCUGAUGGGACGGUGUUUGGAAACUGCGUGAUUGAAGUCAAGUGUCCGUGGUCAGCCAGAACCAAGACUAUCCUGCAGGCAGCGGAGAGUAGGGACUUUUUCAUGGAGUUCGAUGAAGUGGUUGGUUCCCUGACACUAAAACAAACUCACAACUACUGGCAUCAGAUCCAGGGAAACCUGCACCUGACUGGAGCUAACAGCUGUCACCUGCUUGUGUGGACUCCUCUUGACCUUAUCAUUCUGCCAGUGCUCAAAGAUCCUACAUGGGCUGUGAACAUUGACACUCUGGAAAUAUUUUAUAAAGAUUGUUUCCUACCUUACAUUCUCUCACAGUUUUAAAUAA